CCAUUCCAUGAAACACUAUUCAAGCCAUGUUGAAUCAUGAAAAGCGCUGUCAUCGUUUGUCGACAGUGUUGUAAACCAAGGCGCUUAUAUCAAUGUAUAAUAUAUAGAGGCGCCUUGUUGUAUACCUUGAUGUGUCAAAUCUGUUGUAUUCAUCGAAGUGUAUGGUUGUGUUUUUAUUCAUGUCGAUGGAGAAUUAACUAGAUUAAUCCUUGUACUGCUCGAUAUCAAUUGAAUUUGUGUGUCCUCGUGUUGAUAAUAACAAUGGGGCCGCCGAAAAAGACAUCCAAGAAGGAUCGCUCCGUACCGGGCUCUAGUGGGGGUGGUGGCUCAUCGACGGGUGGUUUCGUGGAAAAUAAAUGGAACAAAAAACGACGGCCCGAAGACGAGGCCUUCGCGUCGAUGGCCAACGAUGACGACGAUAGUACCAUGGACGGAGAGUUUGUCCCCGAUGCGGCAACCAAAAAUGCGGAGAAAAACGACGAUGCCAUCCAGGAGGAUGAGUAUGGGGCGAAAGACUAUCGUUCCCAGAUGGAGCUGAAGCCGGAUAAUGCCUCGCGGCCACUAUGGGUAGCUCCCAAUGGACACGUUUUUCUGGAAUCUUUUUCGCCAGUGUACAAGCACGCGCAUGAUUUCUUGAUUGCAAUCUCGGAACCAGUUUGUCGCCCGGAGCAUAUUCACGAAUACAAAUUGACCGCAUACAGUUUGUAUGCGGCUGUCUCGGUUGGGCUGCAAACACACGACAUCAUUGAGUAUCUGAAGCGACUCAGCAAAACCACAGUUCCGGAAGGCAUCCAAGAGUUCAUACGACUCUGCACGCUAUCUUACGGUAAAGUGAAGCUGGUGUUGAAGCACAACAAAUACUUCGUGGAAAGUCCACACCCAGAAGUGCUGCAGAAGUUGUUGAAGGAUCCGGUCAUUCAGUCGUGCAGAUUGCGGCGCACCAACGAGGAGGGGGACGGCUUCAUAACACAAACAAUGGAAAAGAAAGGAAUUACCGCGUUUGGAACCACAAAGAUAGGACCAACCACAGCGGUUCCCGCGACCGAAACAGAAAAACCCGUUGAAGCGGAGCCUACUGCCUCCGUUCCGGAGGAUAUUACCAAUUUCUACGACAAAAUGGAUAACGAGGAAGAGGAGGAGGAAGCAAAUUUCAAUACCGUGUCGUUUGAGGUUAAUCAGGAAAAAAUCGAAGUUCUUCAGAAGCGGUGCAUUGAGAUUGAGUUUCCUCUGCUGGCGGAGUACGAUUUCAGGAAUGACACCAUCAACGCGGACAUCAAUAUAGAUCUUAAGCCGGCUGCAGUUCUGCGUCCCUAUCAGGAGAAGAGUUUAAGGAAAAUGUUUGGUAAUGGAAGAGCUCGGUCGGGUGUUAUCGUACUUCCUUGUGGUGCUGGUAAAUCGCUGGUCGGAGUAACGGCGUGUUGCACUGUUCGCAAACGAGCAUUGGUGUUGUGCAACAGCGGUGUUUCGGUGGAACAAUGGAAGCAACAGUUCAAAAUGUGGUCCACGGCAGAUGAUAGUAUGAUUUGCCGAUUCACUUCCGAAGCGAAGGAUAAACCCAUGGGAUGUGGCAUUUUGGUCACGACCUACUCAAUGAUAACACACACCCAGAAGCGUUCGUGGGAAGCUGAGCAAACUAUGCGCUGGUUGCAGGAGCAGGAGUGGGGCAUAAUGGUUCUCGACGAGGUACAUACCAUCCCCGCCAAAAUGUUCCGUCGUGUGCUUACGAUUGUACAGUCCCAUUGCAAACUUGGUCUGACCGCCACGCUUCUUCGGGAGGAUGACAAAAUUGCUGAUCUUAACUUCCUCAUCGGACCCAAACUGUACGAAGCAAACUGGUUGGAACUUCAGAAGCGUGGCUACAUUGCACGCGUCCAGUGUGCCGAAGUCUGGUGUCCCAUGGCUCCUGAAUUCUACCGGGAAUAUCUCGUUACCAAAACCUCCAAGAAAAUGCUUCUGUACGUUAUGAAUCCGCAAAAGUUUCGCGCUUGUCAGUAUUUGAUUCGUUACCACGAGAAGCGGGGUGACAAAACGAUCGUUUUCAGUGAUAACGUCUUCGCGUUGAAGCAUUACGCCAUCAAGAUGAACAAGCCGUACAUUUACGGUCCCACGUCACAGAACGAACGAAUCCAAAUCUUGCAGAAUUUCAAAUUCAACCCGAAAGUCAACACCAUAUUUGUGAGUAAAGUCGCCGAUACCAGUUUCGAUUUGCCGGAGGCAAACGUACUGAUCCAGAUCUCCUCUCACGGGGGUUCCCGUCGUCAGGAAGCCCAACGUCUCGGUCGUAUUCUUCGUGCCAAGAAGGGAGCGAUUGCCGAGGAGUAUAAUGCGUUCUUCUACACGCUCGUCUCGCAGGAUACGCUGGAGAUGGGCUACUCCAGAAAACGACAGCGUUUUCUGGUGAACCAGGGUUACAGCUAUAAAGUGAUCACUCAUCUGGCGGGAAUGGACAACGAUCAGGAUUUGUUUUACAAAACGCGCGAGGAGCAGGGUCAACUGCUGCAGCAGGUUCUCGCUGCAUCCGAUAUUGAUUGUGAGGAUGAAAGAAUUCCAGGGGAAGGGACGGGAGCUCCCAGACCGGGUGGUUCGAAACGGACGGGUGGACUUAGUUCGAUGUCCGGUGCGGACGAUGCAGUUUAUAUGGAGUUUAGGAGGAAGAAGGAGCACUUGCAUCCGCUGUUCAAGAAGUUCCGAGGAUAGAUGAUGCCAGUUAUGUAUUUUUCUUUAAUUUUAAAUUUAUGAAUAAAAUGAGAAUAAAAUUGUA